AUGGCCAACCAUCCCCAAAGCCUCUCAGCCAACCCUGCCAUGCUUCUCCUCAGCCACUCUGCCGCUGCCGCCGAUCCUGCCAACAAGGACAACAACGAUACCCCCACACUCGCCCAUAUGCCCGCCCUGCCCAGCACCCUCAGCACCAACCAUCAGCUCUUACCCUGGUUGACACCCCUGCCCACCAACUCAUUCUCCGCCUCCUCCGACUCGCUCUUGUCGCCGUCCUCCUCUCCAACCCUCUGUCACCAUCAUACGCUUGACCCGCUAGAACCCAAAAUCCUGGCCUGCUUCGCCUCAUCCUCUCUCUGUCUAUCCACCCCUGCCUCCAACCCGUCGUCUACUUGUGACCCUCUCAAAACUACCCGGCCCAUCUUCCUCCUCCCCGGCCCGGCCCAGCUCUCAACCAUCCCCAUCUCAAUCUUGACUCCCCACAAGCUCUCAACCCCUUGCCAAACUUCGCCAUUGUUGCCCCAGAACUUGCCCUAUGGAAUCAUCAGCCAGUUUUCAGACUUGCAUAAAUGUGAAAUCAAUGCUGCCCUUUUAAAAUAA